UCCCCCUGUGGACUUCCCCGACAAAUCGAGUCAGCGCUGCAAGACGUAGUGAUCUCUUAGGUCUCGUUUGGUUGUGAUCUCGGCUCCCGGUAUUGCCAGCUUACGAGAGAAGCCUAUGCUGUAAUACCAGGUCAUGGUGAGAGGUGACAGAGGUGGGAUGAGUUCCCCAUACAGUGGAGAGUCUGCUUCUCCGUACUCAGACCACUCAGCAGGAGUACCGUCUCCACCAACAGUAGUGACUGCCUACAAUCGCCCAUAUGAAGCUGUUCACCACGAUGGGGCAUUCAUUCAAAUACUGGAGCAGCCACAGUCUAAAUUCCGAUUCCGCUACAAGAGUGAGAUGGUGGGCACUCAUGGUCAGCUAAAAGCGGAUCGAUCAGACAAAAAUAAAGCUGUAUUUCCUACAGUAAAGCUUGCAAAAUGGAAUCAUGGACCAGCUGUAAUUCGUCUGAUGCUCUAUACAGCAGAAGACAAUAUAAAUCAGAGAAAACGGCAUGUUCAUGAACUGUCAGGAAAGCAGUGUUGCAAGGAGACGGGUAUCUGUGAGGUUGUUGUCGAUGAAAAAGUUGACUACACUGCUGUUUUCCAAAACCUUGGAAUCAUUCACAUUGCAAAGAGGGACACGAAAGAUAUUAUUCUCCAAAGGAAAAAAGAAGAGUUGAUAACCCAUGCAAGACUUCGCAAGCCACAUCUCUCAUAUGAAGACAUUAGGAGGAGCAUCACACAAUCUGAUAACAAGAGGAUGGAAGAAGAAGCUGAAGAAGAGGCAAAGAACAUGGACCUUAACAAAGUGGUCUUGAGAUUCCAGGCUUUUCAGUAUGACAAGAAGAUUGAGAGUUAUCGUCCUGUUACAUUACCAGUUGAUUCUGAUAUUGUGUAUAACCUAAAGAAUGCCACAACUGGAGAGCUAAAGAUUGUACGAAUGUCAGCAUGUUCAGCACCAUGCACAGGAGGAACAGAAAUUUGGUUGCUGGUCGAAAAAGUUAGGAGAAAUAAUGUGCAGAUUAAAUUUUUUGAGUUGGAUGAGAAUGAUCGGGAGGUAUGGUCAGGGUAUGGUGACUUCACUGAUGCAGAUGUCCACCAUCAGUAUGCCAUUGUUUUCAAAACCCCUAGAUAUAGAUACACAAACCUUAGUACUGCAGUACGUGUGAAAGUACAGCUUGAAAGACCAACAGACAGAGACACAAGUGAACCACUGGACUUCACAUUCAUGCCUGACACCUUGAAACGCAGAAGAAUGCUAAUUGAAAAUGCACAAGAAGAGGGAAAGAGACAUCCAAGUUUCCCCCCUGCAAAGAGACCAGCAAAUUUCAACAAUUAUGCAAGUGAAGCUAUAGAUCUGAGUUACAACAUGAGAAAUCCUCGUGGUCAGGAAGACUCAAUGCCAACACCUGAUAUCUUGGAGCUGUUGGUGGGAGGUAAGGAUUGUUCUGUUUCAAUUUUCCCAAACAGUAAUGGGCUCUCACCAUACACUUUAGAGUUGUCAAACCAAUCACCGCAGCACACUGUUCCCUCACCUGGACAUCCCUCUGACUCCAGCACCCAUGAGCUUUAUUCUCCCAUCCAUCCAGGCUCUGUAGGGACCCCUAACACUGAGUUUACCACCAUCAAUAACAGCCUUCUUCAGGUUCCUUCACCUGGCCACCCAGUGCCUAACUCCCCCCAGUACAGUGUGAUGUCUCCAGGUGAGCACUCUGUUGGCUCACCACAGUCUCAGUACCAGGGCUCCGGCAAUUUUGGAGGAGGAAAUAUGUCACAACAAUAUUCACAGUCCCAGUCACCACAGUACAUUCAGUCUCCAUCUCCAGUCAUGAUGGUACCUUCUCCAUCAUAUCAGGAUAAUGGAACACAGAUUUUAAAUCAGUAUCUGCAACAGCCUCAACAACAGCAACAGCUACAGCAGCAGCAACAACAACAGCAACAGCAACAGCAAUUUCAGCAGCAACAGAUGCAGCAGUUCCCCAAGACGCAACAGAUGGGUUCACAAGUGAUACAAGGUGCUGUAGAUAAUUGGUUAACACAGCAGCCAAACAAUAUUCAACUUCAGCAGCAGCCAAUGCAACCACAAACACUACAGCCACAGAAUAAUGUACCAGAGUUUGACCUGCCUAGCUGCUUCAAUAUUGUUGGUGGUCUGGGUCCUGAUGCCAGCCUGAUGGAUAUGUUAGAAGUUGCUGAUGAUCAGUUAGCCUUUGAAUCUGGCUUGAUAGGCAAUAAUGACAUUAAAGCUGACUAUGGAGGGAAAAUGGAUUCAAAGAAGAAACAGAAGGAUCAGCCAGUUAGCUCAGGACAGGAUGUGGAUGAACUUACAAAAAUGAUCUCCAAUGUUCAAGUAGAUGAUAGCCGAGGCAACAGGAACCCUCAAACCCAAGUGGAUCAGAAUCCCACUCAGAGUGUAGAUGUGGCAUUCAAGGUGGCAAUAAGUGCUGCAGAGUGUCUGCAAGCUUAUGCUGCAACUGGUGACAUUUCCUUACUUUUAGCAACACAUCGUUAUCUCUUGGCAGUACAGAACAAUCAAGGAGAUACUGCUCUACAUACUGCUGUAAGCAACAAAAAUAUAGAAGCUUUCAACAAAAUCCUCAAGGCUUGUGAGAAGAUCAGGCCGCAGGAUUUGUUAAAUGCUCAGAACUUUGCAAGAGAGACGGCACUACAUCAGGCAGUCCGUGGCAAUGAGACCAUUAUGGUGAGGAGGCUUGUUGCUAUGCCAGGCUGUGAUGUAAGCAUUGUUGAUGCCCAAGGAAACACACCAGUCCACUGUGCUGCCCAGAUGCAAAGUAUUCAAUGUCUGGAAGCUCUCCUAACGAGACCUGUAAAUGGAGUCCGCUCAGCAGUAACACAGGCCAUCAAUGCAUACAAUUAUCAGGGUGAAACCCCUCUACACUUGGCUGUAAUUAAUGGAAACCUAGACAGUGUGCGUAUGCUUAUUGAUGCUGGAGCACAAGUUCAUCAUUGUGAGCGUAAAAGGGGAGCCAAUCCAUUGCAUCUGGCUGUCAUGCAUGGUCAUCAUGAAAUUGCCAGAUAUCUUCUUGAUCAUACAAGUGUAACUAUUGAAGCUGGACUAUUUGAUGGUAAUACAGCUCUCCAUCUGGCUGCACAACAGAGAGACAGUGAAAUGUGCAAGAUAUUAUUAAGACAUAAUGCUGAUCCUAAUGCCAAAAAUAUGCUACAAAAGCGAAAAAAAUUGUCAGAAUCAGAGGAGGAUGAAGAGGAGGAGGAAGAAAUCUCUAGCAGGAAAGUGGAAGAAGAGGAUGAUGAUUCAGAAGAAGAGCCAGAUUGUUACACGCCAUUUGAUUAUGCUGGAAAUGAUGCAGAGAUCCUGUCAAUCCUUCGAGGUGAAGCUAUUCAGGAAGAGGAGGAAGAACAAGGAGCUCAAGCACAAGAAGAAGUCGUUGGAACCAAAGCUGGCCCACUACAUUCUGCCCUUGACUCUGGCAUUGACAUCUCAGUAACUGACAUACAGUAUUCUGAUGGCCCUGGAGAAGAGGACAGUGUGGGUGAGCUGAGUGAGCGUGUGCGAGAACGACUUGCCAGCCACCUGAGUGGAGAUACGUGGCGCCACCUAGCUCAGCUCCUAGACUUGGAUUACAUGGUCCCUUGUUUAGCUGGGGAACCAUCUCCAGCUUCAACUCUCCUCCACCCUGAUAACAUGAAGUCUGUGAGCUUAGAGAAGCUUCGAGAGUGCCUUACAGUUCUUGGCCUCAAGGAAUGUGUUGCUGUGCUGGACCAGGCAUAAGAAGUGAGAGAACAUUGACCUGAAAUGUGCAUAUCAUAAGCACAGAAAUAUUGUGGUUUAUUGAGUUCUUACUGUUAGAUUUUCAUUCUUAUCAUGUACAAACUUGAACUUUUAUAUGGGGUUCACAGAUUGGGAAGUCUAUGUCAGUUUUAUUUGAUUUCACCUUUUUUUAUUGUUUUUAUUAUUUUCUUGCUUAAAAAAUACACUAGAUGUACAUGUUAGCUUUGGCAAAAAAGCUGCAACACUGCUUGGAUUGUAUUUCAAAGGGAGGUGAAUUGUACAAGUAUAUAUGUUUUGAGAUUGUUUUAUGAAAAAAAAAAUAGGAUUAGAAAAUCACUUUUAGUUUGUUUUCAGAACUAAGGCAAUUAGCUAAGGGGUAAAGAUGGAAGCUAGUUAUUGUGUGAGCAGUAAAUAGUAGAUUUUUUUUAUGUAUAACUUGGUAUGCAGAUGUUUUAUAUGCAACUAAACUGGCAUCAUAGGAUUAAAAAGAUGACUUACAUGUUAUGUUGCUAAUAGGUUUAAUAUUAGCUUUUAUAAAAGUGUUAUGUAUCUUUACAAAAUUUUAUUUUUAUUUUAACUUUUUAUACCUUUAUUUAAUGAUACCAUAGAUAUUAAAAUCAUUUAGUACUAGUGAUAUAUGAAAUUUAUUAGUAGAUAGACAAAGAUGGUCUGGUUAAUUAAUCUUGCCAUAUAAAAGGAGAAAUUAAAAUUAGUAUCAUAUGUUUGGCAGAUACUAGAGAAUUUGAGAAAUGAUUUGCCAAAAAUAUUUACCAGGUCAUUUUUACCUGCAUUCCUUAUGGUAAGGAUAUAGAUACAGUUAUUGUUCACUGUAAGUGUUCAGUGCCUUCACAUUGCUUCAUGAUCUGUGUUAUGAUGUGAUUUAAUGAAUAAGGAUGAGUAUGGGUGAUGCUAAUCCAAAUGGGAAAAUCCUUUGUCUGGAAGAAAAUAUAUAUGUGAGACAUUGCUUUUAGAUGUUACAAAAUGUAGAAUAAAAAUUGGAUUAUCCAUAUGUAAAUGUUAAUUGAAUUGUUGAUAUUAUUUUGAAUUUAUUAGAAUAAAUCUCUUCCUAUAUUUUUCUAAGUGUAUUGUAUAGACUGCUGAUAGCAGGUAGGUUAGUAUUUAGAGCUCAGAAGUAAGAACUUAUUAGGACCAUCACGUAACUGUACAUUCCCAGCUAUUUCUUGGCACAAGUGGAAACUGACCACUUCAAGUAGAUUUAAGAAGAAUGUGCCUUAGCACAAGAAACAACCUACAUAAUGUAUGGACUAAGAUAUUCCUCUUUUAAUAUGUUGGUUUAGGCAUAAAUCUCAACAAUUUUGAAUCCUGCAUUCCUUGGAAACCAACAGGUAACUUUACAUGUAGCUUUUAUAAGCCAUUUGAAAAUUGUAGUUGUCACAAAAUGAUUUCACUUUUAUAUCUAAAAAAAAAAAAAAAAAGUUAGGACAGAUUUUACAGGUACUUUAUUUUCAAAAUAAUGCAAUAUUGUUAUUCUUAAAAGGUGGUUUACAUAGUUAAGUUAAUAACUACUCCAUUCCAUGUUAUUUUUAUUAGUGAUUAUAAAUUGCAAUAUUUCUUUAAUAAUAAGGAUUUACACGCCAGAAUUGAAUAAAUGGAUUACUUCCAGGUAGCAAA